AUGGCAUACGCCCAGUGGAUCAUUGUCACCAUUGUCAACGCCAUAAAGCCUGGCAAGGACAUCAAAGUUAAGAAUGCCGAGCUCAACUGGGGCAAGUUCUGGGAAGGCCACGAUAAGGACAAUGAGAUAUCAGCGACAGGUGUGAAUAGUAUCGUCGUCGCCCCGGGUACCAUCGAAAUGGUCAAAUCGUGCGGGCGCUCCGAUGCCUCCUCAGGCACGGAGGGCAGAUUUGACCUUUACGACAGCAACGACAAGAAGAUUUGCCAAGUCUCCUGGGACUGUCCCUGGGGCUCAAAGUCGAACAGUUUUGACGUACACGUCGACGAUAGCGCUACGUACCAUGUGAUGAAUUCAUCAUACAUCGCUAGAAGCGGAGCCAUUGGCGCAGUGCACAUUGUCAUCCGGGAUAGUUAA